CACGCCUGUCCCAUCCGACAAAUCUCUUUUGACUUUUCCAACAGCACCGGACAGGACGGACCGACAACGGGCUAAGACUUGCUAGCUUGAGGGCACAGAAAAAAGGGCCAGGAUGCUCAGCGCCAAGGUGGCGGUCGGGGUGCUGAUGCUCUGCCUGCCUGCAGCGUGGUUGGCACAGGCCAGCAGCUGUGAAGGACCCCCACUUAUCCCAGGGACCCCCGGUAUGCCAGGAGCUCCGGGCUCCGACGGCCGGGAUGGAGUUGAUGGGAGCAAAGGAGAGAGAGGCCCACCUGGAAGAGUCGAAGACUUCCGGGACGCUGGCGAACCAGGCGAACCGGGAAUUCCAGGUUUCCCAGGGAAAUUUGGACCCCGGGGACCCACCGGGGCCAAAGGUCCCCCUGGGCCUGCCGGAGACCGGGGCCCCAAGGGCGAAUCCGGGGAUGCCAAAACCUCCCACCAAUCCGCUUUCUCGGCCACGCGGGGUACCACUUUUACCCCGAGCCGAGCUCGACCGGUCCGCUUUGACCGGGUCAUCACCAACGUGGGGAACCACUACAACAAUCGCUACGGUCAGUUCAUCUGCCAGAUCCCGGGCAUCUACUACUUCUCCUACCACGCCACCUCCCGGGGCAACCUGUGUCUGAAGCUGAAGAAGGGGCGAGGCAGCGCCAGCAGCGAGAGCGUGGUGACCUUCUGCGACUACGUCCUGAACACCUUUCAGGUGACCACCGGCGGGGUGGUCCUCCGGGUGGCCCAGGGCGAGAUGGUGUGGCUGGAGCCGACGGAGAAGAACUCACUGCUGGGGGGCACAGAAGGGUCGGAUAGCAUCUUCUCCGGGUUCCUGCUGUUCCCCGAAGCGAAUGUCUGAACGCGUUACCUCCGGGGGCGUCCGUCUCUCGUGCGCCCCGAAGGGAUAAUGCAGGGGACUGACGAGUUGCAAGCCUCCUCCCCCCCCGUCUCCUUCCUUCUGCUUGGCCCCCUCCCUGCUUUUCUCCCCCACCCUCUAUUUUUUUGUUUCCAAGGGAAGCCGCCGAGCGUGAGAUCUCUGCCGCAUUUGCAAACGAAUCUAAUAAAUGAUCAUUGACGAAAGGUU